AUGCCAACAUGGAUUCCGAAAAGGAAGAUCCUGCACGACAAACCUGCUGCAAUCUCUCCAGAGCUGGACCCGAACUCUCGACGACAGGCACGCGGUCCACAUAGCCUUCAUCGACUUCCAGAAGGCGUUCGACACUGUGCCACUUCAAAGACUCUUACAUUAGCUGAAAAAAUAGGGAUCGGUGGCAACUUCCUUAAAUGGAUCGAAAACUUCCUUGUUGGUCGACACCAGGUUGUGUGCAUCGGUCGGGGAAAAUCAGAUCCGGCUAUGGUCGAUAGUGGUGUCCCUCAGGGUUCAGUACUGGGACCCAUUUUGUUCCUUAUCUACGUGGACGAUGCCGCAAGAGAUUUAGACUGUGAAGUAGCAAUGUUUGCGGAUGACAUGAAGAUAUGGAGUGUAAUUCGAAGUCCUGCCGAUGAAGACAGACUGCAGAUGAACCUGAAUCGGUUGGAGGAGUGGUCAAACCGUUGGCUCCUGCGGUUCAACGUUGCCAAAUGUAGCAUACUUCGCCUAGGCAACACAGCCAGAUCCGACAGUACAAGAGACUACUUUCUGGGCGGUGCAGCCCUACAAGAGGUCGAAGCCCAAAGGGACCUCGGUGUGCUGACGACGAGUUCCCUAAAGCCAUCCGCCCACUGUUCGAGAGUGGCAAAAGCGUAA